AGAGAGAGAGAGAGACGAUGAGAGCAGGGGUUGGGGGGAGAAGAGCGACAGAAGGAGAGAGAGAGUCAAGCAGGCUCCGCACUGGGUGUGGAGGCUUGAUCUCAUGGCCCCACGACCGUGACCUGAGCCGAAAUCAAGAGUCAGACGCUUAACCAACUGAGCCACCCAGGCAUCUCGGUGGCUUUUUCUUUUUCUUUUUCUUUUUUUAAGAGAGAGAGGGAGGGGCAGAGAGAGAGGAAGACAGAGGAUCUGAAGCAGGGUUGGUGCUGACAGCAGAGGACCGACACGGGGCUCGAACUCAUGAAUUGUGAGUUCCACCUGAGUGGAAGUUGGAUGCUCACCUGACUGAGCCAUGAUCAUUGACUGGCAAGAGUGGAAUAUCAGGCCCCCGGAAGCACGCCGACCUGCCCACGUUCUUUGGUGUCCUAGCAACCAGAAGCUCUCACCUGAGCUCCGGCCAGCACAGAGGCCAUUUUCUCUCUGACCACCAUGACCUGCAGCCUCCCUGGGCCUCUGAGGACCUGUCUGCACAGCUCGUGUGUCCCCUGAAAGCCACCACUUGUCCCCGUGGACACCCAGAAGCCCAGCCCAGCCUCCCCUCCUUGCAGAAUGAGCUUCUCACUCACAUUCUCUGAGCUGGUCAACAUCGCCAUCCCGCAGUGCGGGGUGGUGAACUUCAAGGCCCUGCACCUCCUGCUCCAGGGCAUCCUGGAGCACAUCCACCUGGCUGAGCUCAAGAAGGUCCUCUCGGGAGACGAGGACUUUCUCCAAACCCCGCUGGCCGCAUUCAUGCCCCGGGAAGCAGACGCCCAGCCCUUCCUGCACCCCAUGAAGAGGCUCAGCAACGUCUUUGACCACGUGGUGAGCCGCAUCGACAAGAUGGAGAGCCAGCUGGCCAUGCUGCAGGACCUGCCAUCCACUUCCCAGCUGCUGGAGGGCAGCCGGGGCAAGGGCCAGCCCGCCCAGGAUCUGUGGCACCUGAUAAAGCUCCGGAAGAUGGUGGAAAGCAAUGAAGAAGCCAUCGCAAAGUCCAUGAAGAUUCUGCAGGAUUUGCUCACUGACAUUUAUGCACUCAAGGUCUCCACUGAAACUCUCAGAAAGGAUAUGGACAAACUGAAGGACAUACUUGAAAAGAUGCACCCAGAAAGAAUGGAUACUUUCUUGGAGGAUCUGAGAGGACAGACCCAGAAGAUAAGUGUGCUGCAGCGGAAAGUGGUUUCUCUCCAGAGCAAGAUCCUCACCAUUCCCAAAGCUGAGGACAUGGUGCUCUGGAGCAGCCUCCAUGAAGCCAUGUUCAGCCCCGGAACUUUAACACAAGGAACCAGUUCAGUACGGUUUGAUGAUUCAGAGCUGUUGCAGAUUGUGGAUCAGCCCCCAAAGACAGAUCAUCCCCAGACCACGGAGUACCCUGAAGCUGUUCGUCGUGUCCCGGUCUCAGGGGUCACCGAGCGCUCCAGGUUACCGGAGUCUGCCUGGCAUUACGAAAUCCUGGAGGAGCUACAGGAGGAGGAAUCUGCCCAAGCUGUUCUACUCGCCGGGGCCCAGAGGCCGGGGCAGCCUCAAGUGCCUGAGCCUGGGUCUGCGCCCGAGCCUGAGCCUGGGCCCGAGCCUGGGUCUGCGCCCGAGCCUGAGCCUGGGCCCGAGCCUGGGUCUGCGCGCGAGCCUGAGCCUGGGCCCGAGCCUGGGUCUGCGCGCGAACCUGGGCCUGGGCCCACGCGGAGGCCACAGCCUAAGCCCACUCCUGCACCAGGGCCUGUGGUGGGGCCUAGUCUGACACCUGGAUUCCUACUAGCACCUGGGCCUGCCCUCAGACCUGGGGCCGCCCUUGCCCCUGAGGCUGUCUCUGGGCCUGCACCUGCCCCAGGGUUUCAGCCCACACCACCAGCAGGCUGGCGUCUUCCCAGAGGCUGGUCCAGAGCUAGCAGUUGGCCUUCCGGGGUCUCGGGCUCCUUGCAGCUUGGCCCAGACCCAUCAGGCCUCCUGCCUGCACAGUCCCAGGGAUUCAGGGCCCCCCCACCAGCCACGGAGUUUGGCUCCGCUUGGCCCUGUCCACUGUGGUCACAGUCCAGCCAUGCACAGGUACAUCUGCUGCCGGCUGUCUCAGAAAAUCAAGAAGAAUAUUUAUCCCACGACAUGCCAGCUCCUCAGGCCAGGACCCCCAGGGCUGAGGACCCCAAAGCAGCACCCCCCAAGGCUCCCCCAUCUGCCCUUCAGCGGUUGAAGACCACCGCCACCAUUGCGGCUGCCGCCGCCGCCUCCUACGCAAAGGCCGCCACAUUGGCAGCCCAGCAAGCUGAGGCCGCCACCAAGGCCAUCAAAAAUGCCCCGGCCACCAAGUUGGCCACCAUAGCAACAUCUGUGGCUGCAUCUGGGCCCCUAGAGGUUUUCGCAGACAUCCUGGGCGCGGGAUCUUCCCGUGGGGCCUUGGCCUCUGUGUCCUUGGCUGAGGACACCAAGGCAGAAGACUUGCAUGGGUACAGCGAAGACUUCCAUCCCCCAUACUCUGCUGCCAGCAUCUCCCCUGGUAGGGCCUUGUCCCAGGCCAUGCUGGCUGCCCAGAAUGCCGUGACCACCGAGGACAAGAAGGAGGCUGUCAGGUACUCCAUGGGCCACAUAGCCCAGAUGCCCAUUAGACACGACUCCCUGAAAGAAGAUUUUGUACAGCUGUUGUCCAGCCUUCAGCAGCGCUUGACUUAUCUAGCUAAUCUGGGAGCCUCUUCUAAGCUCGGCACGACAGUGGACGUACUGCAGGAAAAGAUUGGGAACCUCCAGAGAUCCAGGAUGAAGGAGGAGGAACUUGAAAGAAUUUGGGGCCACCAAAUAGAGAUAAUAAAGGAUCACCACCUCGUGCUGGACAGGGCAGUGGAAAAGCUCCAGACUCGCCUGGGUGACUUGAAGAUUGUCCAUGCUCAAAUUAAAAACCUCGAAAUGCACAAGGUGGACAAAAGUGUGAUGGAGCAGGAGCUGAAAGAGAAAGCCGACAGGAGCACCCUGGCAGGCAAGGCGAGCCGAGCUGACCUGGAGACGGUGGCGAUGGAGCUGAAUGAGAUGAUUCAGAGCAUGCUCUUCCGGGUCGUGACCCACGAGAAUGACUGGAAGAAGACUGCGGAAAAGCUGAGCAAGGACCUGAGCACCAAGCUGGCCCAUAGUGAUUUGGAUGACCUGAAGAAAGACGUGGAUGAGGUCUGGAAAAUAGUCAGGAAGCUGCUGAUUGAAGGCCUCCGGUUUGACCCUGACAGUGCUGCUGGCUUUAGGAAGAAACUGUUUGAGCGGGUGAAAUGCAUCUCCUGCGACCGGCCCAUGGAGAUGAUGACCGGCCCGCAACUCAUCACCAUCCGCAAAGCCCACCUCCUCUCGCGGCUGCGCCCCGCCAGUGCCAACAGCUAUGAGUACCUGCAGCGGCAACGGAUGAGGGAACACCAGCAGCUACAGCAGCUUCAGGAUCUUGAAGACCAGGACAGGAGUCUGGAUGCGCUGGGACCCCAACAGGACUGGGGCGACGGCCCCGGCAAUGAUGCUAACCUCAAGUUCAAGUCCUAUGACUUGUCAACAUUCUACCCCUACGGGGACCCUGAGGUGUUGGACUAUGACACAGCCGAGGUGGACAUUCUGGGAGUGGACGGGAUCCUGUACAAGGGCCGAAUGAUCAACCAGGAUGGGGCACGGCCUUCGACGGGCGUGGAGAAGGAGCUGGCAGCUGUGAAGGUUCCGCAUCCCCCAACUCGAAGCCUGUAUGAUCGUGAACGCCCGAGUGCCUUGUUUGGUGCCAUCUACCCCUGCCUGCACCCCCGCAAGAGUGUGUGCUCAGCCACCUCGGGCUCCCAGCCUCCGAUGCCAGCUCGGCCUCCAUCACUGCCGCCCCUGCCCCUGCUGCCACCACUGAUGCCAUCCCAGGGGGACCCCCAGCAGGUCCCGCGGCCUGCCCGGCACACACGACCUCUGCGCCUCGAGUCCCGAGCCAGCAUGCAGCCUGCCAACCCGACUGUGUCUAAAUGAGGCCAAGCUUUUCCUGACCCGGGUGACUUACCUGUCCCAGACACCUUGGGGGGCACCGGCUGGUGCAGUCCUGGACCCUGCACCCACCCCCGUAUCACAGAUGAGUAUUUUUGGCACGUUCUCCCCAUAAUAAAAUCUUUCACUUUUUUGACCGUGGAUGAGGGUGACUGGCCUGGCACCCCCUGCAGAGGGGGCCUUGUCUGCCCCACGUGGGUGGGUGGACCUGCUGGUCCCUACUCAGGCCCCCACCCCAAGGUCAACCUCCCAGAGCCGCUGGCCAGAACCACCCUGGCUGAGUCCCAGCAGAGAAUCAACAGCAAAGCUUCUUGCCUCUGCCACAUUUCCCACCACGGCAAAGUGUCCUGAGCCUGCCCUAGCCCUGUGUUCUGGGAAGAUCGGAGGUCUGGGGGCAGGGGUAGUGAUGUGAUUGGCCCAGGUUUGCUCAGGGAGGCCUCAGCUCUCCAGCGCCCGGCCAGGAGCUGUCCUCUUUGGGUGUUGCUCACAGGUAUGAGGUCCCCAACUUCCAUCACCUCCCACGUCAGGAAAGAGAGGUGCAGCCCGGACUCCGGCAAAGCGUCCCAUGCCAGGCUUGUCCCCUGCAGCCCUGACCCUCAGGCACCCACACAGGCAGGAUUCUCAGACCCUCCUCUCCAUCCCCGCUGGCCCCCGCAAAGCUGUCUUCCCAGCCAUUUCUCAGAUUUACAGAGGGAAUCGUGCCUGAGUUGGUUCCUGUAGCUCAGGCAUUUGAGGAGUGAGGCCCAAGGAGGUCACUGUGUAACCAUUUGCCCCCGACAGGCUCCUUGGUGUUUUGGAAGGUGGGGAUACCCAACAGCAGCCAGCCGGGAGCGAUGCCAGAGGAUGACAGUCCUGUCCCCCAUAGGGGUUGUGGGGGAACAAGCCAGCUUUUGGUCUGGUCCCAGAUGGGAGCUGCAGGCAGAAUCCUUGCCCCUCCCCUCUUCCAACCCCAGAGGGUGGGGCCUGCAGGGAACUGGGAGGGAGGUGCUCAGGAAGUAGCCACCCCAGGCCAGCUGGGAAAGGUGCCUGGGGAGCAGACAGAACCAAGAUGGGGUCAGCAGAGUGGGAAUCUCAGGAGGUCCUGGGUUUAGCCUCCUCCUCUGCCAGGGGGACAUGGUUCCUGGCCUGGGAUGCAGCGGCCGUGCCGGGCUGGACCAGGAGGAAGGGAACCAACCGUGCCAGUCAUGCGGGCUGGCCUGGUGUGGGGCUGCAAAAUGAGUUGGGCAGGAGGGGGAGAGAGAGGCCUCUUGCCAAGCGGAGGGUCCUGCUUUGAGGGGCUGCUGGAAAGGAGAUGCUGACUGACGACCACCCUGCACCCCCAACACGGCCCACAGCCCACCGCUGCAGGUGAAAGGGUCACUGAACAUUUCUACCUUCCAAAGACGACGAACUCCAUAACUCUAAGGUAUAAACAAACAACCAACGAGAGCCGGUUCCCAAGGCAAGUCGCCAACAGCGGAGAGCUGAGGUGCUGGAAGGGCGGGCCUUCUGUGCAGGGACCUCCUCCACUAAAAUCAGCGCACACUGGUGUCCCUGGCUUGACCCCCGACUCGCUGCGGUUCUAGGGGCUGUAGGCAGAGAACCACCAAACCAACACACAACCGCCAGAGAAAGGCUUCUUUUCGCAGUCCCCCUCAUCUUGCUCGUGGCUUCCCCAGGAUCCACAGAAAACGACCCCACCAACAUGUGCAGCUCUUAUCCCCCAGAAGAGGAGAAACGGCCCCCGAGAGCAGAGCAGAUCGCUGCAAUCGGGUUCCCAGCACCUCGUGCUAUGCCCCCGACACGCCCUCGGCCAGCCUGGGAGUGGGUCUGAGAGGACCCAGCGCCCCCCUCCCCUAAAGGAGCUGAGUUCUCCUAAGGCUCCUAUGAAACACAUAUCGCCAAAACAUAAGCUGUGGCUAAGCAACCAGAGACCUUCCCAAAGGCAGGAAUUGCAAAGAACCUCGCAUCAAGAGAUCUCCUUUUGUCCGGCACAGGCGGCCUCCCCAGCACUGGCCCUGGGAAGUAACCAGCCUCAAAGCACUCAUCUGUCCUCAGAGGAGUCCUGACGUAAAAGCCCCUCAGAGACCUCCAGGGCUGUGGCAGCCCUGCCCACUGCCGGGCUCGGGGGCCGGCCUUGGGGACAGCAUGCUUUCCUGCGGCCGGCCACAACGUGUUCUUAGAGAACCCCGGGAAGACCCCGGGAACAUCCCUUUCAUCCGAGAGAAUCCGAAGAACAAGCCCCUUUUUUCAGCUGUCUCAAGGAGGAGCCCUGCCUGCCCACAGAAAGCGUUUUAGCGUCUCCAUCUACCAGGUGCCCCCCUCCGUCCCCACGGAGCAGGGCUUUUACUUCUGAAGCUCUUCCUGGUGAAAAACAAGAUCCCCUCCAGAUCCCGAUUUGGAGACAGGAACUGGACACACGUCUGUGGCCAGUGGAGGGGGCUGACUGAUGACAGGCAGGCUGGUUGGGUCCCCCCUCUGAUGGUCAGCUUCAGCCCGUUGUGACCUCGCGGGAACCCGGGCCAGCUGUUUAUUUCCAAGAUCGGCCAGAAGUGAGACUUUUUGUGCAGACUCCAGUGAUUAAAUGUCGGCAGGCCAUCCUGAGAGAGAUGGAGCAUCGUUUGAGCCAAGCUGCACGUGUCAGGGGACUAUGGGUUUGCAAAGCCCCAAAUUAGCAUGCCCAGGUGCUUUAACGGCAGACCGGAAAGAUGCACCCACUGCUCAUCACCUGGAGAGGCUAGACCAUCCCACGUGCUGCCACGUCCACUCUUUAGGAAUGAGAUACUCGGAGCUCAAAUUGUCCUUUCAAGCAACUUCAAGGAUGCAGACAGGGUUUUUUAGAGCAGAACUUUGGAAACAGUCAUUUGAGCUCAAGUCUGGCAGGCAGGUAGGGGGUGACCAUGCCCAGAAGACGCUGGGCUUUUAGGUGACAAGGCCAGGUCCAAGGAGGUGCCAAGGUGGACAGCCAAGGAUGGCUGUGUCUGUUCCCUUCCACUCACGCACCCAGUACCUUUGCUUUUCAGCCAACUUACACUUUGAACAUGUUAAUAGACGGUUACGGACUCGUUUGACUUUGCUUCUGAGCUUCCAGGCUUGGGAAAGUUGAAGAAGGUUCCAGGUUCUCUGUUCCCACCUCUGGCUUCCCUUUGAGUUUGGCCCACUUUUACAGCCUUUCCCUUGCCCGGGGGGAUGUUCAGACCAGGGGAUCCUGACACACCUGGCAGGGCCUCUACAUUGCUGGAAAGUACUAGAGCCCCCGGCCCUAGCUCCAACCCUGCUCUCUGCCCCCUCCUGUCCAGGUACCCACCUUGGCUGAGGCACUUAGGGAGAAUCAAAUUCCUGGGCUCUCCUCCAGAACAGUUGUCUCAAGCACCCAGGGGACCUUCAUGCCCCACAAACUUGGGGGUCACAAGGCUGGUGGCUCCCAGUUGCUGGGGGGGGGAGGGUGCGCUGAGGCUCCGCAUCCCAAUCACCUGAGAGCUGUUUUAUUAACAGCUGUGACGCUCUGUUAAGUUCACCCUUUCAACAUGUACAAUUAAGUAAUUUUUAUUCCCAAGCCGAUCAACCAAUAGCCUGGGGAACGUUUAAAAUUAUACCGUCGAGCCUUCCCCCCCCCGAGACUCUGAUGCCGUGGGGUCUGGGAGUCUAUGGUUUGUCUUUUUACGGAGCUCCCAGGAGGCUCUACUGUGCAGCCAACCAUGGGAACCACAGGUCUAGGAGACAUUCUGCCAUGUCUACAGACGUUUUUGGUUGUCACAAUUGGGAGAUGCUGCUGGCGUCUAGCGGGUAGAGGCCAAAAUGCUGGUCAAUAUCCCACAGGGCACAAGACACCCCCAGCAGACAGUGAGCCAGCCCCAAAUGUCCACAGUGCCCAGGUUGGAAAGCCAUGCCCUACAGGAACUCCCAGUCCUUUCUGGCCUGAGGUGACCACCUGCGACCUCCAGGCACAGCCCAUGGCAGUCCCCCAGGAACAGAAAAAUGCACCUCACCUCCAAGAGAUCAGCACUGAGUAGAGAUGUCGUGGAGGAACAUUUCUCAACGUGGAGCUCGAGGUCCUGCACCUCUAACAAGCUCCCAGGUGGUGCUGCUGGUCUGGGGACCAGACUGUGUAGCCGCCCAGGGUAGAGCCUCCUGUGUCUCCAGGAGUGCAAAUUCUAGAUGGAGCCCUGGCUCUCUGGUGCCUCUGACACAGUCAUCAUUCCCUGGGGCAGCCCAGGCGCACUCACCCCUCCGCAGCAGGUAACCCAUAAACACAUACUUGUCUCUGCAUUUCUCCCACCACUUGAGGGAGGUGUGGCAGUUAUGAGAAUUUUCCCUCAUCAAAAAGAACGGAGCAGCAGCGGUAGCGAAGAUUCAGGAGGGCCCAAGAUGUCCUCACUCUUAUCCAUCCCGCCCCUCCCUACCCUCCCCACACGCACCCCAGAAACAGCUGUGCCCCCGCCUCUGGACUUCAAGAGGAAGGCCCUUAGAAGGGUGGGUUUCAAGAUGAGGACACAACUCCAAGACCUAAGCAACAGCUUGGGCGGGGGCCCAGUGGUCAGUCUUCAGUGACACCCAGAGGGUACAGUCAACCAGGAGCCUGUCCAGGGUCCAGCAGGGUGGCGACAAAGCUGGGGAGGCCAGGGAGCAGCAGUGGCGACACCAGCACAGGAGCAUCCUCAUCCCUGGGCGCAAGGGCAGGACUGCGGUGAGGAGUGCAGAGACAUCAAAACAGGAGACCUUCUGCAACAGAAGACACUCUCCAACCCAGUCAUCAUCCGCAGAAGGGGGCACCUGAGGGGCUGGGCGCCAGGUGGGCCAUCCUAGGUUAGGGAGUGAGAUCUGCCUCUACUGAGGAUUGGGCAGAGACCGUGGCCUCCCUCCUUCCCCAAAGCCCAGUCCCUCACAAGGGGUGCAAGGCUGAGGCUGCCCUGGGAACCGUAUCCCCCAGCGUGGGCAGCUGUGGGGGGAGGGGGAGGGGACAGAGUGGGGCAUCCCUGGCUUCUCCCUUGGGGUGAGGGCAGGUGUCUGUCCCAGCCCAGCUCAGGAGCAGCCCGGGAUCCCAUCUGCUCUCCCUGGUUUGCCGGUCUCCUUAGUGACAAAAGGUCUGAGGUGCAGGUUGGACUCUGCCCUGGGCUUGUCCUGUUCCUGUCACGAGCCCCCACUGGCUCUGCGCAGAAGCCUGCUAUCUGACCACGGGCGCUGUGGUCUGCGGCUCCCCAGGGGAGGGCCCUGCCCUACCAGGCAUGUUUGCUGGAGGUUGGGCUUGGAGUGUCCAGCCUGCAGCCUGCAGCCUGCAGCCAGCCAUUGGGGCCCUAAAGACACACAAAAAAAGGUCCUUAUGUGAAACCCAAGCAGACUGGAAGGAGUUGUUAGCCCUGGAGGUCAGGACCAGUCCAGCCGGACAGGGGAAGGAUGGGCAGGAGGGCUGGGAUUCUGGGAACACUGGCCAGAAAUGAACUUCCUGGGAAGAACCUUGGAUGGGCAGGAAGAUUCCAGAGCCACGUUAUGGUUGAAAAGACAGCAAGAGAC